AUGCCUUUCGGCCCUGGGGCCUCCCCCCAGCGCCCCGGUGGCGGAAUGAUGGUAGGGGGGCCCCCCUCCCGAGGCCACCCGGGGGCUCCAGGGGUCACCAUGGGGGGCAUGCCGUUCGGUGGCCGGAUGGGCGGGGCCCCCUUAAUGGGCAUGGGUGGGGGGCCCCAUACGUUUGGGGGGCCUCCCCCCAUGGCGGGCGGCGCCCCCAUGGGACCUCCCGCCCCCAUAAGUGCGUCCGUGGCUCCCAUGGGGGGCCCCAUGGGGGGCCCUGGGGCUGCCUGGGGUCCUGUGGCUCCCGAGAUGGCUGCGGUGGGGAUGACGGCCGUGAACCUGAAGAGGCUGAAGUACCUGCAGCCUCGCGCUGUUGAUAGCUCCAUUCCGCCGAACUGCACGAUCUACGUGUCAAACAUAAAUGACAGGAUCAAGCUCAAAGAGCUGAAGGAGAAUCUCAAGUCUAUGUUCAAACAAUUCGGGGAAAUACGGCAGAUUGUCGCCAUGGGUUCAUUCUGGCGCAGAGGGCAGGCAUGGAUUGUGUUCAAGGAUGAAACUGCGGCAACAACGGCCCUCAAUGGAAUGCAGGGGUUCAUAUACCACGGCCAGCCGCUUCAUAUCAACUACGCGUUAGCGAAGAGCGACCUAGUAGCCAAGGAGGAUGGGACCUUCACUGAGAGGCCCUCAGGCCCUCGCAAGCCUCGCCGAGUUCGCGAAAAGGAGGCGCAGCAAAGAGCACUGUUUCUGCAGCUACAGCAGCAAUACCUUGCCUUGAAAGGACCUGGGGGCCUUCCGCCGCAAGCCACGGGCUCUACCGACCCGGCUGCCCUUGUGGCUGCAGCUCAGGCGCGGCAGCAGCAACAGCAGCAACAGCAAGCAGGAGCCGACACCACAGCGGCAGGGGCUUCACAAGGCAGCGCGGAGGGGCUCGUCGAUAUUCGCGCCAUUCUCUUCAAGAAGGUGGCAUUCGUCGAAUACGCCACUGAGGAACUCGCCACAAAGGCGCUCAACAGUCAGCCCUCCCCUUUUUGGCCACCUCUCAGUGAAUCUACUCCUCGGUGGGAGCCUCAAAAAGCCUUCCAGCUCAGUGCGCAGCCGUGCGCGGGAAUUCUUAAUGCCAAUUUCCUUAACCCCUACUCUUUAUGUACAGACUAG